UCCGGCGGAGACGACUGCAGAUUCGGGUCUGCUGGAUGACCCGUCCCCAUGUGUCUCAUAUGUGUGACUGUGAUUAGGCUGUAUUAAGCAAAGGAAAGACGGCCUGUCCUCUAUUAGCGGUGCUCCAGCAGGGCCUGUGUCCAGCUGUACUGAUCCUGCAGGACGGCUUUCAGCAACCCAACAGAGCAGCUUUUGUACGAUAAAUCUUAACAAGCGGCCGGCCAAAUUAGAGUCACGCACAACCCUGUGAAGAGUUGGAGGCCACGGGGCUUAUGGGAACUGCAACGUCUGUAUCUCAGCCAGUCGGAGCGAAAUCAAGCGUUAGGGUCUUGGGGAGUAUAGGAAUAUCCGGUGCAGUAUGGAGAGGUGGCAGUGCUUGCUGCUGCUGAGCACGAUAACUUUAGUGGCUUCCUCUGGAGAGGUGACGAAAAAUGACGACGACGUCGACCUUGUCAGCUUUCUGAGAAAUAUCUACCAGCAGCUUGGGAGGGCCGAGCCGUUCAUCAUCAACAGAGACUUCGAGGUAAACUCCCCGAAAGAAGAGCUGAGACGUCCAGAGGAGCCGACAGGCGUCCAGCAGGUCAAGGAUGAACCCGUGAAUCCGAGCAGAGGCGGGAACCCUGGACCGGUGGCGUCGACCAAAAAUGGACAGAUAAAGGGGAUUAAGGUGGAUAAGGCCUAUGCAUUUUAUGGGGUACCAUAUGCAGAUCCCCCCGUUGGAGCUUAUCGCUGGAAGCCCCCCAGACCUGUGAGCCCUUGGCCUGGGGUGUACAACGCCUCCUUCCCUCGGGCGGCAUGCAUGCAGGUCUGCAAUAGGCCUGGCACUGAGGAAUGUCCCAAAAUGGUCAGUGAAGAUUGUCUCUACGUCAACAUCUUCGUGCCGCUGGACGUGGACUUCAGCGCUCCUCUGCGGAAACCCCUGCCUGUCAUGGUGUGGAUCCACGGGGGUGAUUUCAUCGCUGGUUCUGCCUCCAAGCCAAUGUUUGAUGGACGCUUCAUCAGUAACUUCACACACACAGUUGUGGUUAACAUGGAGUACCGACUGGGCGCAUUUGGAUUCCUCGUGUCCGGCAAGGAUCCUCACACCUCAGCUACAGGGAACUAUGGGAUUUUGGACCAGCAGGCAGCUCUUCUGUGGGUUCAGCAGAACAUUGCUAUGUUUGGAGGAGACCCCAGCAAGGUGACAAUAGUCGGGGAGAGCGCAGGCGCUCAGUCAGUGAGCCUUCACCUGAUGGUAUUGAGCAGCAAGCAUCUGUUCAAACAAGCUGUCCUGCAGAGCCUGCCCUUCUCCAUCCCGCUGAAGACCAGACACGACGCCCUGAAGCUGGGAAAGGACUUUGCCAAACAGACCAACUGCACUGUGGACGACUUCGUCUGCCUGCUGUCUCUGGAUCCAAAGACGGUCCUCACCGCUCAGAUGAAAACAAGUACUAAGAUCGUGAAUCCGUUCAGGUUUCUGGAGGUCUUCGAGACAUGGGGUCCAUUUAUUGACGGGGAGCUGAUUAAAGAGCAGGCUAUCACCGCCUUCCAGAAGGGCAACUGGCAGAAAGAGAAGACUUUGCUCCUGGGUACAACUGCAGAAGAAGGGGUGCUCUUCGCCUACGGGGUCUUCAACAAGCCGGUGUCUGCCCUGGAGUGUGCCGUGUAUAUCGCAGUCAUCUUUAAACAACACGCUCUGCAGAUCCUCCACCACUACCUGCCCAUGUACAUGGACGCCGACCGCAGGAUCAUGCUAGCCCAGAUCGUUACCGACUACGUCUUCCUGUGUCCGUCCAGGAGGGCGGCGCGUGUUAGUACGGCAGCGGGCAGCCGGGUGUGGACGUACGUGUUUGACCACGUGGCUUCAGACCACCGCGUCUGGUCGGGCCUGGCUUUCUGCUACCAGCACGUCUGCCACGGUGCAGAGCUGCCUUUUCUUUUUGACUCCGCCCCAGUAGCCAACUACUCCCUGUCCCUACCAGAGAGGCUGCUAUCUAAUCGGAUGCUGUGCUACUGGGGGGCCUUUGCCCACAACGGUGACCCCUCCUCCAGGGUUCAGCAGACGACUUUCUGCCGGGAGCAGCGUCUCCCCGUCUGGCCACGGUAUUCUGACACAAGCAAUUGGCUCGUCAUGAACCUGACGGUGCGGUCGCAUGCGGGGGUGGAAACCAGGAGCCACAUAUGUGACUUUUGGGACAAGCUGAGCAUCUACUAGUGAGGAGGCAGGCUGACCAUCAAUGCAUGCUGUCAAUGUGAGGUUACAGUUUUUAUCAUGAAAUUAUUCAUCCCAGUGAAUAAAUAUGACCUCUUCUGCAUCUCCAACAAACACAAACUAUUUAUAGGGAUGCCCCGAUACCAUUUUUUUCACACCGAGUACGAGUAUUUUAAUUUGUGUACUGACCGAGUACCGAUACAAUACUUCUACCACAAAAAUAACUAGGCUAAAAAUGCAUUGAAAAAUGCAAUGAAUUGGAAGACAGGUUUUAUUUGCAACAGAUAAAUUCAAUAAAAAUAAAUAAAAUUAGUAGAAUAACUAUUUUAAACAAAAAAUUAUCUUUCUGUGUAAAUAAAAAGUUUCCACACUGGCACUGUCUUCACAUUUAAGAAAAUAUCAAACAUAUAACAUAUCAAUGAAACAUCAUAACGCGGCUCAGUGCGUCGAGAAGACGGUGAAAUCCUUCGUCUUCUCCAGCUGACAGUGGCUGCUCAUCCAGCGCUAGAUAACGGGUCAGAGCCUCCAGUAUUUUAACGGCCCGUGGGUUUUCUCUUCCCAUUGUCUGUCUUUUCUGCAGAACCUGAGCUAAUGUUGCUGUUGUGUUCUUGCAGUAACAUCAGCAGACUCUGUAUACUCAGCUUUAUGAUGCGUCUUGAGAUGUUUUAUAAAGUUGAUUGUAUUAAAUUACGUAUUCUCCUUUCCUCCACUUGACACCUUAGCAGCAAGUAGCUUCAGUCUGCCUUGCUUCUGUCCUUGUCCCUUAUUCUGAAAUAUGUCCACACUGCUGACGUCCCGCUGCCUUAAUUGUCAAUAUCUUGCCUGAAACGGCGCUGCCAGUCUCACUCAUGAGUUUCACUCUCUUCUCAUCACCACGCCGACUGCAGCUCAACAUCUCCCCUAGAGUCAC